AUGGCUCGAUGCAACAGGGGAGAGGCAGAAUGUCGAUGCAACAGGGGAGAGGCAGAGAGUCGAUGCAGGGGAGAGGCAGCAGCAGUGGGAGAAGGUGACUGCAGGGGAGAACGGAGACCUCAUCGGCUGGCCGUUGCGCUCGCCGACAGGAAUGGGGAACGAGCUGCCGCCGCCGCUGACGACGAUGGCGACAGGCGACAAGGGAGUGGCGUCGAGGGAUGGCGACGGCCGAUGGCGUCGAGCGAUGGCAAACGGCGACGGGGACCCGCGACGGUGAACGGCGACUGCGGAGUGCGAGGCUCUUCUUCGUGUCUGGCUGCUGCGCGAAGGGGGAAGAAAUGA